UCCCCAUUUCCAUUCUCAAUUUUACCGUAAACAAAUUUACUACUAUCAUACUUGCUUUAUUUCAUCUUGUAAGCUCUUAAAUGGCUUCUCAGCUUAAUGGAUCGAAUGUAGUCUUCGAAGAAGGGAUUGCAAAUUUUUCCAACUCCUUGUACAACAAAUUAGACAGAACUGGAAAUGAAUUCAUUUCGCCAUACAGUAUAACGUCAGCACUAUUACUCCUUAUGCUUGGAACCGGCAAAACGACUAGGAACCAGAUGAAGUCGGUUAUUUUCGAAUAUGAAAAACCAGAUGAUAUCGACCAGGGAUACAAGCUUCUUAGUGAUGAACUCUUGACGAGAACAACAACAGGAGUAAAAUUAUCUAUUGCAAACAGGUUAUACGGCAGUAAGAGUUUAAAUCUUUUAAGCACUUUUACUACAAAGGCGUUUGCAUACUAUGGUAGUGAUGUUGAACUCUUGGAUUUUGUAACAGAGGCGGAAAAGUCAAGAUUGACAAUAAAUGAUUGGAUUUCCAAAAAUACAAAUAAUCAAAUUAAAAAUAUGAUUCCAAAAAAUGUUCUUAAUGAAAAUACUUUAUUAGUAGUAGCAAACGCUAUUUACUUUAAAGGUACAUGGAAAAAAGAGUUCAACAGGAAUGACACGAAACAAAGGAACUUUUUCGUGAGAGCGAAUGAGCAAAAGCUGGUUAAUAUGAUGUACGGUGAGUUUGAUGCAAAGUCUGGUGAAGACCUUUCACUUGACUGCAAGGUUUUACAACUGCCAUAUAAAGAAAACAAGAUCUCUAUGAUAGUUGUUUUGCCAAAUGCUGAAGAUGGACUCUUUGAACUAGAAAGUAAACUUACCAUGUAUAAUUUCAAAACACUUGUAAGCGGUCUGAAGACACAGAAGACAAUUAUUCGAAUUCCCAAAUUUACAAUGUCAAGCGAGUACGAUUUGACGCCAAUUUGUAAAGCGUUAGGUUUAACGGAAAUCUUUGACGAAAAUAUUGCGGACUUUAGUGAAAUAUUCCAGCCUAAUGUAACACGCGUGCGUGUGACUGAUGCACGUCAUAAAGCUUAUAUUGAAGUGAAUGAAGAUGGAAGCGAAGCGACAGCUGCUACUACAUCAACUAGUGGAUCAACUGCAAUACAGGAUCCUAAGCCCCAGCCAUUUCAAUUUGUGGCAGAUCAUCCUUUCUUGUUUUUGAUUCAGGAUGACGAAACAGGAACACCGCUGUUCAUUGGAAGAUAUGCCAUACCAUAGUGUAACAGUAACAUAUGUUUGACUUUUAUUUUGUACAAAACAAGUAUACAACAUUUACCAGAAAAACUGAUUUUGGUUUAUUUUUACUUUGAUACAAUUGAACAUUUAAUAUCAUCCAUAAAUAGUUUGCUGCUUAAAGAUGAAAAAAAUAAAAUGCACUCAGCUCGUUAAUAAAAACUCAGCUGUUCCGAUCGUAAUAAAAUAAAACUUAUAUUUUUUUAAUCAAUUGACUGACUUCAGGCAAGUUUGGUUAGGGGAUAUAUGAAAAUAUGUCUUAAUACACACAUCGUUUACAGCUAUAUGUCUUGAUGCACACCACGUGUAGUUAUUUUUGCAUAACUAUCUUUUUUUUCAACACUUAUGGGAUUUUUAUGUAAGGUUUUACCUGUAAAUAAAUACAUGUUAUAGGUAAGUUUGUAGCAUGUGUCACCUUUGAAAGAUUGAAUAAGAAAUAAACAUUGUACAUUUA